GACAGAUCAAGGAAAAUGUGAUGUUGGAUUCUUUAAAUUUUCCUCUCAUCAUGUUCAUUAGAAAUCUGGUAGAAAUACUUUAGUUUUGAUUUGAGCACAUAGAUAGAAUAACAUUUUAAUUGGUGAAUUAGUUGAAGUAUAUUUGUUGAAGAUUACGUCACUAAAGUUUUUGGGGAAUCUGAUGACUCACAUUCAUGUGAUGAGUCGACAUCGAUCCUCUGCAGCAGCUGCAGCUUUGUCUUCAGUCUUCAGUCUGUGUUUGUUAAACCGACUCGUUUCAAUGGACCCGGGGCCGAAUCGCAGUUUUUCUCCGUCUUCUGUAACUCUCAUCGUCCUUCUGCUGAUUUUCUCCUGCCCGCCUGCUGAAGGGAGUUUUAAGGUGAUCGGGUCACCUGAGCCAAUCGUCGCUGCCCCGGGUGAUGACAUCAUCCUGCCGUGUCACGUGGAGCCUCAGAUCGACGUGACGGGUCUGACGGUGGAGUGGUCCAAGCCCGACCUUCAGCCUGACCCCAACGAUCGCCUGCGCCGGGUCGAGUACGUCCAUCUGUAUCGGGACGCCCGAGAGGACCUGGACAUGAAGAUCGCAGAGUACGUCCAGAGGACGGAGCUGUUCGCAGACGGCCUGACACGAGGCAACAUAUCGCUGAAGAUCACCAACGUGACGUUUGAAGAUCAAGGAAGAUAUAAAUGUUUCAUCCCGAAUUUAAAGGGACAUUUUAAGUAUUCAAUCAUUUACCUUUCAGUUGAGUCAAAGUCGGUUACAACAGAGACGCCGCUGCAGAAACCUGCUCUGAAAGAGGAAACAGAUGUCAGCGGUGACGAUCUAUCCAUGAGAUAUGGGCUGAUCACAGGUGUGUGUGUCGGCGUCUUUUUAAUGAUCCUGCUGGUUGUUGGAGCCAUAUAUUUAUACUGGAGACACAAGCGUCAAAAACAAAACAACAAGCAACCUGUUAUAGGUGCCUUGCUAGAUGGCAGAUGUUGACAGAUGUUAGCAGAGACGAGAACACUACAAGCUUGGAUCUCACCAGUUAGUGCAAGGAUUCCAACCAACAACCCUCCAGCCACAGAUGUCCACACUGGAGGGAGGAAGGAGGGAAAGCUUGUUGCUUCGAGCUGAAGUUGAACUUUGACCCUAUUGCUUAAAAAUCUUUUGGCCAUGUGACGUCUGGAGACCUUUAACACAGGAUUUCUUCACCUCAAACUGUAUGGGAACUCUGGUCAGAUGUGGACACAAAGAAGCAACUUAUCUCUAUUUUCAUUUUCACUUGACAUCUGAGAUGAAGUCUUAUGAAUAUCUUGGUUCCCUCAUUUGCAGCAGACAGGGACGAAUUUGCAACCUGGAUAACUUUAAACUUCCUCUCUUGUUUUGCACCGGAAUCUAACGCCUUGUUCUGUAUUUAAAGUCAGACAUUUUCUUUGUUCCUGAAAAUGUUCAGUCAAGAUAUUUAAAAGGACAACAUGGGCAUAAUUAAGUAAGAAUGCGUUGUAGAAAGGGUUCCAGGACGAUUAUUAAGUGUAAAAUUUGACGUUUUUUUAAAGGGAGUCUGGUGGUUUGGAGGCAGAGCUUCUAUGUUAAGUUGAGACUGACAGAGACUUGUUUCAAUGGACCUGGAGCUCAAUCACAGCUUAUCUCUGUCUCCUGUAAAUGGAUUUUCUGUGCACCUGUGGCCUGCUGGUGGAUAUCAAAAAAUGCUGACUGAUCAACGCUGCCACCUUCUGUUCAUACCAUGUACCCUUGGUGGAACAAGCUCCGUCAGGCUGUCUGGCACGCUUUCAGCCACAGACUAUUUUCUCCGUCUUCCGGACCUCACUCAGCUCACCUUCUCAUCUUCUGAUACAAAGCAUGGGGUAGAGCACCACAUCGCCACCACCGGCCCACCAGCCUACGCCUGGGCUCGAUGUCUCGAUCUGGACAAGCUGAUGGGAGCGUACCUAUGUUCCCCGAACCCUGACCCUAACCCAUUCCCCGGUUUGUUCAUCGACCGGCAACAGUGGGAAACACAGGACCCUUUUUCCAAAAAAGGGUCCUGUGUUUCCCAUCCACAUACAAAGAGGGGAACAUAGGGAUGAUUCGCAAGCUGAUCAUUGCCAAGGCAGACUUUGAAAACAUGGUGCGUCUUGGCAUCAUACGCAGCUCUAACAGCUCGUGGGCUUCACCCCUCCACAUCGCCCUGAAGCCCGGGGGCAGGUGGCACCCAUGUGGUCACUUCUGUCACCUUGACGACGCAAGGACACCUGACCGGUAUCCGGUCCGACACAUAACUGGAUUUUCAUCCCACCCAGAACAGCUUUAACUGAAGAUGCUGAACACACAGCAGGAGGGCCGAAGAAGAAAGUGACGUCAGUCGACUGGAGCACAGCUGACAUGUUUCACAGAUGGAUUCCCCUUGGAUUUUUCUUAGUUGUUAAUGUCAUAUGCCUCCUCGUUGUAACAAAAUAUAUUCUGACAGGUCUCAUCAACGUAAUAAAGACCACCAUCAGGACAGAUGUUGUAGAGAUCAAUAGGAUUCAUCGUCUGGCCAACUAACAUCCACAGCUGCUCUGAUGUGAACACAUAUAAAGACUCUGGCUGCAUCACAUCUUACAUUCUGGGUCCAAAUUAGGCCUUAAAAUAAUACUGCGUACUGUGUAUUAAUUAAUUUUUAUUUAACAAGAGCUGGGUGAUCCAGCCUUAAAAUAAUAUUUUAAUAUUGUUACACAAUACAUUUUUACUCUCCUCUAACACUCUCUAUAAAUGUACACAAUCAAGUAUGGCAAUAUUUUUGAUCAAAGAACUCGAGGUGGGGCGACUAUUGUGGGGCUUCACAGUAUUAACACCAUGAUUUCUGAUCAAUAAUCAUCAUGCAUGAGAAUACAAUGAAUUGGUGGGUAAAGUAUAAGAACAAUAUAUUAAGUUGAGAAAAUCAGAUCACUGUAAUGCGGCUUCAAAACAUGGAAACUAAUAUUGUCGUGGCUAAAUGCUAAUUAGCUUCACUCACUUAGUUCAUGAUUAAUACUGAUAGUUGUAAAUAUCAGUUCAGCUAAGUUAUGCUCAAAGCUUUGUGAUUUACUUUUGCACACUCCUGCACUUUAACUUGCAUAUUAUUCUACGUACACUGUAGUGGUCAGUAUAUAUUUCAUAUUUAGUACAAUAGAUGCUGAUGAAGGUCAUCAGUCAUCCAGGUGAUGGUUCUAAGAAACUGGAGGAGAGUUUGAGGAUUUAAACCCUGUGUGGGUCUCAAACAGAGGUACAACCUUUUUCUGAUUGAUAGAAUAAAUUGAAGAUGAUCACAAUCCUUCAAUUUAUUCUCACAGUAUUUGAGAAAUAUGUCACAACUUCAGUUUGAUCAAUAACUGAAGUUAGAGUCAGAAGAGUCAGAGCGAACAAGUGAUGAACAACAAUAAUGGAGGAAACGUUCUUCACCUCACUGAUCUGAAAUCAGCUUUAACCUUUCCUGGUUGUAAUGUGCAGUUUAAAGUGAAAUGAAGUGCUGCUGUGAAUGAAAGAAAAGCUGUCAUCUGUUCACGCUGGUGUUAAAGAUAAAGGUCAGCAGAGGGCGCUCUUCAUCUCAAAGACACUGUACUGAGAGCAGUUUGUUUCCGUCUCAGUCAGCUGUGUCUUCAUAUUUCUGUAAAACAUGUUUCAUAUGAUGAUUGUAUUGAAGUAAUGAUAAAGGCCCACGAGGACGUCAUGCAAUGUUUCCAAAAGAGAACCUAAAGUGGGCUGAAAGUCAGUUUGUAACUGUCUCUGAGUGU